GCGGCCGUGCAGUGGGCCCGGCACACCAAGCUCGAGCUGCAGGAGGCCCAGGUCGACCUCAGCCGCGAGCGCCGGGAGUUCCGCGAGGUCGCGUGCUGCGGGCGCAGCUCGUCGGGCACGGAUGUCGGGGGGCGCGCAGGGUCUUUGGGCUCCGGGGUGUGA